AGGAGCAUACGGCGUGUUUCCGGUUAGACGAGGCCAAGCGACAACAUUACUAGAAAUCUAUGAAGCUACAGUACCGAAAAAUAAAAAAUAGCGCCGAAUCCGCCCAUAGAGUUGUCUGGUUUCCAAGACACAGUUUGUGUCAAAUUUGCUAAAGCUUAACGUUGAUUUCAUUGAUCGUCGGAAGAACGGGUGGCAGCAGCACAGCAAUGGAAGCUGAGUUUCGGGAGAUCGAUGAACCAGGGAGUUGGAACGCCAUUUACCAGGAAAUACGUCAGCAAUCAAGUGAACUGCCAUGCAAACUUGCCAAAUUACCUGAAAACAAAACUCGGAAUCGCUACAGAGAUGUCAGCCCAUUUGAUCACAGCAGAAUCCGCCUGCAACUGGGUAUGAAUGACUACAUAAAUGCAAGCCUGAUAUCUGUAGAGGAGGCACAGAGAAGCUACAUUCUCACUCAGGGACCCCUUCCAAACACUUGUGGUCACUUCUGGGAAAUGGUGUGGGAGCAGAGAACCCGAGGUGUGGUGAUGUUGAACCGUGUCAUAGAAAAAGGAUCGGUGAAGUGUGCACAGUAUUGGCCGCCUAGAGAGGAGAAGGAGGCUAUUUUUGAUGACACAAAUUUCAAGCUAACACUGGUUUCAGAGGACAUAAAAUCCUACUACACUGUUCGUCAGCUGGAGCUGGAAAAUAUGUUGACUCAGGAAACUAGAGAGAUUUUACAUUUUCACUACACCACCUGGCCUGACUUUGGAGUACCCGAGUCUCCUGCCUCCUUCCUCAACUUCCUUUUCAAAGUGCGCGAGUCUGGAUGUCUCAACUCUGACCAGGGGCCCGUGGUGGUGCACUGCAGUGCUGGGAUUGGCCGCUCCGGAACCUUCUGCUUGGUAGACACCUGCCUCUUACUGAUGUCCAUUCGCAAGGACCCAUCAACUGUGCGCAUUCGUGAAAUACUGCUGGAGAUGCGGCGUUAUCGGAUGGGUCUGAUUCAGACAGCGGACCAACUCCGCUUUUCCUACCUCGCUGUUAUUGAAGGUGCCAAGUGCAUCAUGGGAGACACAUCUUUGCAGGAGUCGUGGAAAGAGCUGUCAAAUGAGGAGGAUUUCCCACCUGAGCUCACACCACCUCCACCACCUCCUCCUCAAAGAGACUCUAAAAACGGCACACCUGAGCGCUUCUCCUUCUUUCCUCCGACUGACGUUCAAUUGAUUGUUGCACAGAAUGAUGUUCACACUCGCAGUGCCCCACCAGAGCCAGAGGUCCGGAGGAGGACUGGUGUUGAUAUUGCUGCCCCUCAGCCCCCCACUGACCCCUUCGACCAGCCUGAUGGACUGGUGGGAAGUAAAGAAGAAGCCUCCAAAGCUCCACCCAAACCUCAGCGGCAGUAUGAGAUAGAAAGGCAGAAGUUGACCCAGGCUGCAGAGCAAGCAGGCGACAGCUCUCCAAAGGGGACUUGGACCCCUCUGUUGGCCAAUGUUUGCCUGUGCACGGCAUUGGCCCUGGGUGCUUAUGUCUGUUAUCGAGCCUGUUUCCACUGAUGUCUUUCCUUCCUCCCUCUCUUGUACCUCCCUUUCUAUUCACUGUUUUCGCAGGGUGAAUCAGCCUGUCCAGCUGGUCCCAUUUGCCUAUGGGCUUACUCUGCUGGCGGGUGGUUUGUUUGGACUUCAGCAGAUUCAGGCUCAAUUGUUUUAUUUACAAAAUCAGUGUAGGUGGUGUGUUGGAGUCAGAGGAAGGGGUAGCCCUUCCCUUUUCACCCACCGUAACACAUCCUCAAACUUUCAGUUUGUAUGCUCAGGGCCUACAUUUUCAGGUGUCACACCCCAAAAUACACAUGUUGAUUUGAAAAAGAAAGAAAAUUGAGUCAGUAAAUGUUUUUUCUUUAUCACAGGCAGUAAAGGAAGGUGUGUGAGUCUGAUCCUGUGUUCUGUGAACCACAGUCCACCAUACACACAUGCCACCUCCAUUUAUGUACCAAACAACACUCAUUUGUGUUCUUCCAUUUCAGCCCUUGCUAGUAUGUCCAUAGGCUUUUCACAUAAUUACCCCCCUGGACAUUAGAUAUUUUUUUCCUCUUAAGACUUACAGAACUUAAUUUGUGGCCAUCCUGGUGGUAGACGUAAGUUGUGGAAAACAACCACACUUCAGAAGCUUAAUUGCUCUCCUGAAGAUGGGGCAGUAUUAUACCCAGGAGUAAGCUGAAGCUGGUUGGAGGGAGUAAAUGGGAGGUUGUCUCCCCUCCACAAGAUGAGCAUUGCAUGCAGUGGGCCAUUGUUGGGCCUUAGGCUCCCCACUGCCACCCCUAGUAGGGCAUUUGGGCUUGAUCUACAUGAGGCACUCUUGGUGUGUGUGUAAGGAUGUGCGUGCAUUUGAGUGUAUGGUAAAACUGAUUGUCUGGUCAGAAUAUAUUUGAGCUUUUUACUGAUGCUUGAUUUGUACUGCUUCUAAGUAGGCAAUAUUCAAGCUUAUAAUUAAGUCAAAUGUGAAAUGUAUUCUAAAUCUCUUCCUAGUAAUUCCCCCUCUCCCCACACAUUUUUGUUCCAAACUUGACAUUUACACAGGAGAGUUUACUUUGAGAUGAGCUGUGAAUGGAAGGUGUGCAUUCACUGAAUGUCAUGGGCUAUUAUGUUUGAGACCCAACAUUCAGACUUUGUGUUUCACAAUCGGCUCCAGCCACUGCUAUUUCACAAAUCAGUUACGUCAGUUGUAAAGGAGUCUUCCAUUGACUCUUAAAGUUGUCAAACCUACAAGAUUACGUGAUGAUGUUCAUGGUGCACAACUGUUUUGCUCUAACAUGAAAAGUGCUGCGACUUUUCUUGCUCAGAGAAAGUGAAUGUGUAAGCCUGAGGGGAAUGCAGCAGAUGAGUGUUGUGUAGUUGUUAUCAAAUGGAAGGCUGCAUUUACGCACAAAAAUGCCAGCUUAGCCAACAAGGACACAAAGUACUCUUCUUUUGCCAGCAAUACAAAUACUUAUCAGUAUGAUACCCCUUUAAAUUCGCACUUGAUGAAUGCUGAAUCCAUCCUGCCUGUUGGAACAGAGGGAUGGGGAUCUCAACCAAAAAGUCAAACACCAGCGCAGGGAUUUAAACACUGUAGGAAUGGUCCAUCAUAAAUGUUAUGGAAUGGGCCUGAGCUGGCUAUGUUAUUUUGUAUGAUUGCUUUUUCACUUAGACAUCCUGCAGUGGUGAAUGAAUAAACAGGUUUGUCAUGAAAUGAGAUUAGUUAAGCUGCUAGCAGCAUUCAGUUUACCUUAGUGGCUCAUAGAAACGGCUUUUUGAGUCCAAUGGCUGUACCUUUAUUUAGAAUGUAUGAGGUCCAACCCAUGGACACCCUCUUGAUGUUUUCAAAUCAGGUUUCAAUGUAUGCUGAUUUAUUUUUUGUGUGUCAGUAAGUGAUAAAGUCACCGUGCCUGGGAACCAUGUGUCUACCCAGGCACUUCUGUUUUUCUGUACUCAUGCUCAGCUCAACAACCAUUUGUCUUUUUUAUUUACAUCCAUCAAUGUACUCCUUUUUUUAAUAAAAUUGUACUGCUGA